AUGGUGCGACGAUACACCAAGAACUGUAUUAUUAGCGAUAGCGAAGACAGUAGUAACGACAAUGUGCAAUGCAGUGACAAUGACACUCCGUUAUCAGAAAGAUUGAAUAAAUUUAUGGGAAAAAGGCAGUGGAAAGUACCAACAGCUACGGAAAAUUUCAAACCACGCGUUAUAAAUUAUAUAGAUGAUAAUAUUGGAGUGCAGCAGGCAUCCGGUUUGUCAAAAAAUAGUUGCCCCACUUCUAUUUUCGAAUACUUUUUCAAUCAGGAGCUCGUUGAAAUGAUCGUUAAUAAUAGUAACAAACACAGAAGCGAACAAGAUUUCUCCAGGUUUUAUGAUAUUACCGUUACCGAUAUGUAUUCUGCCAUCGCUGUUAUUAUUUACAUGAGUAUAGUCCACUUACCUUCGAUCUCUAUGUAUUGGAACAGCGAUCCCAUGUACAACUUUCAGUUCAUAAGAAAAAUUAUGUCGCGACACAAAUUCCUACGAAUCCUGCAAUUCUUACAUUUCAGCGACGAGGACAAUGACGAAAUAGAUGAAAAAGAUGCAACAUAUAAGAUACAACCUGUUAUCGACAGGUUACUGUUGCGUUUUCAAGGCGCGUAUCGACCAGGAAGAAAUAUCGUCGUAGAUGAAAGCAUGAUGCUAUGGAAACAUAGUCUGCCAUUUGACCAGUAUAACAAACGGGCAACAUUUGGGCUAAAAUCCUUCGUUUUGGCCGAAUGUGAAACUGGUUAUGUAUACAAUUUGAAACUUUACAGUGGACAAUUGCUACGUGAACUGAAUUCCGGACCACUCGGUGCCUCUGGUUCAAUCGUAUUACAUUUAACGAAACAUUUGCUUCAACAAGGAAGAACUCUGUUCCUCAAUAAUUACCAUUCGUCUCCCGCCUUGUACGAAAUAUUACAUAAAAAUGGAACUAACGUUUGCGGUAUUGUGCGCCUAAAACGAAAGGGAAUGCCACGUUACGGGAUGAUUGCGAGAGAUAUAAAUAGAUUGGAAAAAGGACAAAUGCUAGUCAAAUAUAACGAAACAGUGGCGUUUUGUGCGUGGAAAGAUAAGAAGCUGGUAUCAACUCUUACCACUGUACACGAUCCCUGUUUGGUGAUGUCUACUAAUAUCGAUCGCGUUACGGGACAAUACCGAAAGAAACUCAAUGUCUUUCUAGAUUAUAAUAUGUACAUGACUGGAGCAAACCAGAUGCGUGAAAUUGUACAGAGGCAUUUUACCAUAAGUAAAUCUUUGAAAUGGCACAAGAAGUAUUUUCUACAUUUGCUCGACAUAACGAUAUUUAAUUGUCUCGUAAUAUGGAACUCUUGUCACGAAGAUAAAAAGUCUUUUCGCGAGAUAAAAGAAGACAUUAUUUCUGGAUUAUUGGAGAAGUAUCUUACACCAUCCAAAAGUUUUCAUCGCGAAAUAAGGAAAUCUUGGAGGAAGUUCCCGUUUUACAUUAAAUUUCGAUGUUACCCUAAGAGAAUACCUUCUACGCAAAAGAGGUACCAUCCUCUAAAACGCUGCGUACUUUGCAAGGAGAAUAACUUAGGUAAACAAAUGAGUUAUUUGUGUAACAAUUGUAACGUACCAUUAUGUAUAAUACCGUGCUUCGGAUUAUUUCAUACGAGAAUGGAAUAA